AUGACGCUCAACAGCCUACCGACAGAAUUAAUAGCUCGAAUUCUUGAUCAUCUAGCUCCUCUCUACAGAGACCAAAACCGUCGCGAUCUAUGCCAAGCCCGCCUGGUGUGCCACUUGUGGAACGAUCUGGUAACCAAGGCGCUAUUCAAAAAUCUCACGCUGUAUCAUACUCUGGAGACUGCGGGCCAAGAGUUUCAAUCUUGGAAGAACCUCAUCAAUCUCGAAACGGUUCGCGAUGCCGCCCAGAGCGUAGUUAUCGAGACAUGCCCAGCAAAGGACUUGGUACAUGGCCGCGACCCGACGACAUGGCACGACUGGGAGGAAAAGGGUGAAUGGCCUGCUUUCACCUCGGCGAUUGACCAAAUUGCCGAGCUUCGCCAUAUUAGGUCAAUCAGUGUUCGAUUUUCCAAGUGGUGUCUUGGGGACCAUAUCCACUUUGGAAGUACCAGAGACCGCGAGCUGCAGUCCACGCGGGAACAUACGCUGAGGAACAUUCUCAAUGCCUUGCAGCAGCGGAAAACCAACAAUGACACUCGAGACGUGACAGAAAUCCGAGAACUGGCACUUGAGAACCUGCAAAAUAUUGCUCUCCCGGCCGACAUCUACGGGGGCCUCCUCAACGACAUUACCCGUCUGCACAUCAUGUUCUGCGUGGAACAUACCCGAAACGCCUUCGCCUACGACACACAUCAUACAGAGCGCCGAGAAUACGAACUGCACUUGCAAAAGACCCUCCUCCCUUCUGUUGCGAACCAGCUCGUCGAACUGACACUCGCCUCUCAAGACCGCUGGGGGGUAAUGCCGGGCAAGUUUAACGGCGAGGGCCUCGACUUUCCAUUCCUCAGGACGCUGACACUUGGCGAAUACGUAAUUGGACAUCAUCGUCAGUUUGAUUGGGUGCUUGCUCAGAAAUAUCUGACAUGUUUGCGACUGAAUCGUUGCUUCAUCGCCUCGCACAUGCGCUUGUACGAGGGUGACAUUGAAGGGUGGCGUAUUGAUACCGAGGAUUGGGAGAGGGUAUCUAGUGAGCCGUACUACGGCUGGGACGAACAUCAGGUCUAUCUCUUCUCCAAGAGGUGGGAGACAGUAUUCGACGAUAUCCGAAAGAGUCUUCCCCGACUUAGAGAAUUCUGCCUCACCUGGGAUAAACCAACGGAUUUCUUCCGCCAACUCGAUGUUUCCAAGACUUCUUGGCUAUCGCCGGACCGUUACAUCACGUUUGACAUUUCAAAGAAGCCCAGUCCUUGGAUUGCCUCGAAGGACUUUGGGUACUAUCCUUAUCGAGACGACAAGGAUCCAACGAGACCUGUCAACCUGGCUCAGGUGAUGGAUGAGCAAGAUCGUAGGGCGUUUGAGGAGUUGGUUUCUUCGACGUAUGCACGGCGGAAAUUGGAUAGGCGAGUCUUCACAUGGGUACAUGAAUAA